UUUACCUUUUUGCGUCUACUGUGAGUAGUAUAUUUGCCGACUGCUGUUCUGCAGAAGGCUUUAUGUAUAUAUGUUUCAAUUUUCUGUGUAAAAUAGUUAGACUUUGAGAACAUUGUAAAUAAUUGUGCAUAAACGUGAGAUGGCAGCCACGUCGGGUGGCAGCCAUCUUGGCGGAUCUAACAAUUUAUUCAAAGACAGAAAGUACUGUCGUGAGAACACUGUGGUUGUAAAUGUUAGAGACAAUUCUCUCAUCAAACCCGAGGGAAUAAUACAAUUCGUCAAUGAGAACUGUGGUUUGGGGUCUCUUUAUGCAUGUGUGCCUAAAUCAGGUAAUUUGUAUGAACUUACUCUUGAUGGAAAAGCACCAACACAAUAUUUGCUGGAAGGAAUAAGACUUGGCAAUGAUUUGUUUGAAUGUCGUGAAGUUGUACAGACUUCACUGAUUGUUAGUUUUUUACACCUUCCUGCUUACAUAGAUGAUGGAGAGAUUGAACAAACUUUAACAUCAAUGGGUGUUGAAUUGCUGUCACCUAUUAACAGACGAUUUUAUCCUGGAACUACAAUUGCUGACGGAACAAGGUACGUUAAGGUGAAACUACCUCCUCAUAUGCCCUCUUUUCCAUGCACUGUGAAAUUUCAAAAGGAGUAUCAUAGGUGUAUUCAUAACGGUCAAAUGAAAGUGUGUUCGCUGUGUUACGUGAGUGAUCAUUUAUUUAGAGCAUGUCCAAAAUUUGUGUGCUUCAAGUGUAAGCAGCAAGGUCACUACGCGAGGGCCUGUAAAAAUCACUUGUGUGAGCAGUGUGGUGAAUGGACAUUUAAAUGCCAGUGUUGCAUGAGUGAUCACAGUUCUGAAGAAAACAAUGAAUUGGAAGUGUCUGAGGUGGAGAAAGAGGACGUGUUGGAGGGUAACACAAAGAUGGAAACAGAAGAGGCGAACGAAGGGGUGCAACAUGAGAACGAAAAUAUAGACGAAUCACUUAUUUGUGCGGAAACAAAACAAAAGAAACAUACUGAGACGACAGAAAAUCAAAUUAUUGUGAAUAAAAACGAUCAAGUGAAUAUGUCUACUAAUAAAAAUGCCCCUAAGGAUGGUGAAAACGAAAUUCAAGAGCGGGAAUUGAAUGAAGCCUCUCAAGAUUGUGAAAACAUGAUUCAAGGGCGGAGUGAGAGUGACUCUAAUGUAGGAACAGAUUCGGAAAAUGAAAUCAUCAUCGUAGAGGGGAAAGCCAAAAGAAAAAAGAAAUUGAAGAAGAAGAGAAACGCAAAAAAGAAUAAAUGAAAUGGAAAGAAUGGACAAACUAUUAUUCUUAAUUACAAUCAUGGUGAUAGUAACUUCGUGGAACUGUAAUGGAUUGUGUAAUGUAAAUAAGAUGAAAAUGAUAUUGAGUUUAUUGGAUGAAAGGAAGUAUGAUAUCAUUGGUUUACAAGAAACUCAUUGGCGAGAUGACUUCAUUGAAAAAUAUAAACAUUUAUGGAAAGGAAGUAUUAUGUACAAUAACUCUGAGACGUCGUCAAAGGGUGUAACUUUUUUGAUUAGAAAUGAAUUAAAAGAUAAUAUUCAAUAUGUAAAAGGGUGCGAUGGUAGAUUUCUACAUAUAAAAUACAAAGAAAAUGAUGAAAAUGUUGAUAUUAUAAACAUAUAUGCACCUAACGUUGCAAAAGAAAGGGCCAAUUUUUUUCAAUAUAUGUCUAGUAUCAUUCCAUAUUCAGUGAAUCUUAUAAUACUAGGUGAUUUUAAUAACACACUUGCAGAGAUUGAUAGAUGUGGUAAGACACGUCAUGUUUAUGACCAGGGUUACAAAGCCCUGUUCAAUAUGAUGAAUCAACAUGGUGUAGCAGAUUUAUGGAGAAGUAGAAAUAGAGGAGAAAAGGUUUUUUCAAGAAAAAUGUUAGUAGGAAACAUGUUAGUUCAAAGUAGAAUAGAUUACAUUCUAGUUUCACACGUUAUAAGAACAUAUGUUAGAAAUAUAUUUUAUGUUGAAACUACACUAAGCGAUCAUUCGAUGGUCGUGAUGUACUUGAAUACAUGUAAUACUGUUUGUGAAAGAGGAUCAGGGUUGUGGAUACAUAAUAAUUUGCUAUUGAAUGAUGAUACAUAUAAAACAAAAAUCAUAGAAAUUAUUGAAAGAGAAAAAAAUUGUAUAUUAUAUGAAAAUUCAAUGUUGGUGUGGUGGGAUAAUUUGAAAUACAAACUCAAAAAGUUUUCUCAAAGUUUUAGCAAAACUAGAGCCAGGGAACGAAAUAAAGAAUAUUAUGGUUUACAAAACAAAAUGCAAAGAAUUUCACAAAAUUUAGCAAAUGGAGUACAAGUUGAUAUUGAAAAAUAUGAAGCAAUCAAACAAGAAUUGUCAGAUUUUGAAAAUGAAAAGUGUCAGGGUGCAAUACUCAGAUCAAAAGCACAGUGGGCAAAUGAAUCAGAUAAAUGCACGAAAUAUUUUUUUAAUUUAGAAAAACGAAGACAAGAAUCAAAUUCAGUAAAAGAAUUGUUGAGUGACACAGAAGAAAUAAAGAAGGAUAUUGAUGCAAUUUUAGAAACAGAGUACAAUUUCUAUUCUAACUUAUAUUCAUCAGUGCGAAUUGACUCUGAAAGUAAGGCACAGUUUUUGUCAUAUGUGAAUAGAAAAAUUGAAGAAAAUGAUAAGGAAAUGUGUGAAAGGGAUAUUAACAAAGAAGAAAUUGAAACUGCAAUCAAGGAAAUGGCUAAUAAUAAAAGCCCAGGAUCUGAUGGGUUGACUGUUGAAUUUUAUAAAAUGUUUUUACCACAAUUAAGAGAUAUUCUACUCAAUUUAUUUAAAGAAAUUAACAGAAAACAAACGAUGUCUAACUCUAUGAAAAUGGGUGUUAUUACGUUGUUAUACAAGAAGAAAGGAGAUAAGAAAUUGUUGAAAAACUGGAGGCCUAUAAACCUGUUAAAUGUAGAUUAUAAGAUAAUAGCAAGAGUUAUGGCAAAUAGACUGAAACAGGUAUUACCAAAUAUUGUGUCUGAAACACAGACUUGUUGUAUAAUAGGAAGAGAUAUUGCAGAUACUCUAGUUAGCAUUAGAGAUGUGAUUGAUAUGGUAGAGAUGGAUAAUUUAGAGGGUUAUGUGGUUAAAAUUGAUCAGGAAAAAGCUUUUGAUAGAGUGAGUCAUGAGUAUUUACUUGAUGUAUUAGAAG